AGCACCUGGAAGCGGAAGCGGGGACGGGCUGAGCUUGUGCUUUGCUCCUCCCCUCCUGUGGGGACCUGGUCGCGUCAGUGGCCGCGCUGACGUGGCUCCCGGAAGUGGGCCUGGCGCAGGGCCGUCAUGUUGCAGCAGGACAGUAAUGAUGACACCGAGGAUGUCUCCCUGUUUGAUGCGGAAGAGGAGACCGCUAACAGACCAAAAAAAUCCAAAAUCAGACACCCGGUGGCGUCAUUUUUCCAUUUGUUCUUUCGAGUCAGUGCCAUCGUCGUCUAUCUGCUCUGUGAGUUGUUCAGCAGCAGCUUUAUUGCCUGUAUGGUGACAAUUAUCUUGUUGUUGUCGUGUGACUUUUGGGCAGUCAAGAAUGUCACAGGUAGACUCAUGGUUGGUCUGCGUUGGUGGAAUCACAUAGACGAAGAUGGAAAAAGCCAUUGGGUGUUUGAGUCCAGGAAGGAUUCUGCUCAAGAGAGUAAAACUGUUUCCGAGGCCGAAUCGAGAAUCUUUUGGUUAGGACUUAUUGCCUGUCCGGUGCUGUGGGUGAUAUUUGCCUUCAGUGCGCUGUUCUCCUUCAGAGUGAAGUGGCUGGCGGUGGUUAUCAUGGGUGUGGUGCUGCAAGGUGCCAACCUGUACGGCUACAUCAGGUGCAAAGUGGGCAGCAGGAAGAAUUUAACCAACAUGGCCACAUCGUAUCUCGGAAAGCAGCUGUUAAGACAGAACACUGGAGAUGAUCAGACUUCCUGAAGAGGGGGGAGAAAGCUCAUGUAUUCGGUUACGCGGGGGAAUGGCUGGAGAGAUUCUGGACUCUGAACCUUUUGGAACUGAGUACAUGUUGCAAGGAGGAACGUUGGGUUUGUUUUUCCAGUUUAUUAAUCUCUUGCUUUAAAAAAUUGGAAAAGUCGUUUUCACGUUAAGUUUUUUGCUGUCUCUCUAGCGUUUGGGGCUCGAAAGUAUGGUGUGGCCAGAGACACUGUCCAAACUGGUUCCCGGUUUACAUAGGUGAUGUCCAUAUGUCUCAAGUUAAUGAAAGUGUCUUUACGUGCAUAUGAAUGGAGACCUUUGCGUUUUGACCCACAGAAUAUGGAAGAUGUUCCCCGUCUCUCAGAACUCUAGGUGUGUACAUAUUUGUCUUGUAGAUCGUCGUCAGAAGAAAGUUUGGCUUCCAUGGUGAGAGUGAGCACUUUGGCUUAUUUAGAAGUUAGAAAUAAUUGUUAACUUUACAACUUAAUACAUACUUUGUGAUGAAACUUCUUAUCUUAGGCACUCACAGGCAGGUAAAAACCAAAUUCGGGCCAGUGGUUAACUAGUUCGUAAAGUUUGUUUCCUUUCAUUUGUAACAGGUCGUGUAGUUAGGGCCCAAUUAAUGUAAAUGGAAUUUUCCUAGUUUAUGUUUAGGGGCUCCCCUAGAGAUUGCUGCUGUUCUAUUUAUUUUUUGGAAGGGUUAGUCAGAUUUUACUUUGCCACUUUCCGUAGGCUCUUUGUUGGUCCUUGGCCUAAUGAAAUCUCUCUUUUAUCACUAAAAGAGUAUUAUUCUUAUGUCAUAGUGAGAAUAAUCAUUUAAAUACUUGGCAUAAUAAAUGCCCAGAAGACAUUUUAUCUUAUGAAUCUAUUUUUUUUUUCUUGCUAUAAUGGGGAUAUUGUAAAUCAUGCAUUUGUAUUAACGGUAUUUCUUAAGGCAAUAUAUGUAACAAUCUCCAAGCUGUUGUAGGAGUCUAUAAAUUCUGUUGCAGGUUCUGUAAACUUUGUUGGAGUCUUUCAACCAACAGAUUAUUUUGUGAAUGUAUUUAUACAUUGUUGAAAUUUUUCAAAAGAUGUUUAAUUGAAUAAGUCUUUGUUGGAGUGAUAGCUUGAAGGUGCAUAACUCUAUAUUUGUAUAAAACUCUACUGUUUACAAAGCA